GCCCUUCCGGCCAGAGAUCUAUUUACCAGGGGCGUGCUGCCCGCUUGCCAAUCAGAGCGCGGCUGGGAGGCCCGGCAGCCAACCCCGGAGGAGCGGCCGGCUGGCGUCCGCCGCACCCAGGAGUUGGGGAUGUCCUACAAACCCAUCGCCCCCGCCCCCAGCAGCACCCCGGGCUCCAGCACUCCUGGGCCGGGCACCCCGGUCCCUACAGCCGGAAGUGUUCCAUCGCCGUCAGGCUCGGUGCCAGGGGCUGCUGCCCCUUUCAGACCACUGUUUAACGACUUUGGACCUCCCUCCAUGGGCUAUGUGCAGGCAAUGAAGCCACCUGGCGCCCAGGGCUCCCAGAGCACCUACACAGACCUGCUGUCGGUCAUAGAGGAGAUGGGCAAAGAAAUCCGGCCCACCUAUGCUGGCAGCAAGAGCGCCAUGGAGCGUCUAAAGAGAGGCAUCAUCCAUGCCCGGGCCCUAGUCAGAGAGUGCCUGGCAGAGACAGAGCGGAACGCCCGCACGUAACAAGAAGCGCCUCAGCCUCAGCGUCUGGACCUUUCUUGGCCACUGCAGAGCACCUGCUUCUCCCUGGCCUUCGCCCUGAGUUGCACUAACCAUCCUGGGCUUCCUGUCCUGUGUCCCUUGGUGGGUGCCCUCCAGGAACCAGGGGGCGGAUCUCACUCCAGUUGGCAACACUGACUGCCUCCUAUAAGAGUUAGCAGUGAGGUCACUGUGAGUCCCACCCAUGACCUGCCAAAAGUGUUGAUCCAGCUGGAGCCUUCUCCCUCCUGCAGCCCCCACCAUUCAGCACUUCCCAAGCACUUCUCGCCACUGUCACAGGCCUCCUUCUCCCCUAGCAGGGGCUUAGAAGACCUGCACUUUCCUGCCUGGUCUCAUGGACCAUAGUAACUCUUUUCUCAGUGUCUUUUGCUAAAUAUGCCCUUUUUAUAUAAAUAAAAGAUGAUUUGGAGUUGUUCUCUCA